ACUUAUUUAUUAUAAUGACAGAAAUAUCAGAUAUAUUAUUUAAAAAACUUGAAAGUGAAUUCAUUUUAAAUCGUGAUCAACUUGCUCCUAUUGUAAAUGGUUUUCUUAAUGAAUUUCAAAUUGGACUCAAGACUCCUUCUAAAGGACUUGCUACUAUGAUUCCAUCUUUUGUUACUCAACUUCCUACUGGUAAUGAAACUGGUACUUUUAUGUCUUUAGAUCUUGGUGGAACCAAUUUACGUAUUACUGCUGUUCAACUUUUGGGUGAUGGUCAUGUCAAAGUAUUAGAAGUUAAACAUUCUCCUACUAAAGAACUUAAAACUGGUCCUGGUGAACUUUUCUUUGAUUGGAUUGCUGAUGCUGUAGAAGAAUUGAUUACUGUAAAAGCUCGUCAUUUAUUUCAACCUGAUCAAGUCAGUGGAAAAGAAACUUUAGCUUUAGGUGUUUGUUGGAGUUUCCCUGUUGAUCAAACAGAAGUAAAUCGUGGUACAAUUUUACGUAUGGGUAAAGGUUUUACUUUACAAAAUACAGAAGGUCGUGAUUUGGCUACUAUGUUUCAUGAAGCUUUUGAACGCAAGGGGCUGAAUGUGAAAGUGAGUGCCAUAUUGAAUGACACUGUGGGUACCCUCGUGGCACAUGCAUAUACUAAUCCACGUUCUCGUAUUGGGUUGAUCUUUGCUACUGGUGUCAAUGCUGCAUAUCCUGAAAAAGUGGAAAAUAUUAUAAAGUUGGAUCAACAAGUGCGUGACAAGUACCCGGCUGGUACGGAAAUGCUUCUCAACACUGAAAUCGAUAUAUUUGGAAAUGAAGAUUACUUGCCUUUAACCAGUUACGAUAUUACAAUGGAUAAAAGUCACAAUCAACCUAAAUUCCAAUUAUAUGAAAAAAUGAUGAGUGGAGCUUACUUGGGUGAAUUGACUAGAUUGAUUGCCAUGGAUUUUAUCAAGAAUGAUGCUUUAUUCAAAGGUCAAAUUCCUGAAGGUUUUGAUGAACCAUGGAGCUUUCCUACUAUGUAUAUGAGUGCUCUUGAAAGAGAUGUCACAUCUACUCGUCAAGUUAGUUUGGAAAAGAUCUUGGGAAAAUAUCAUUUUGAACAACAACCAUCAUUAGAAGAUAUCGCCAUCUUAACUCGAAUUUGUCGUAUUGUAUCAACUCGAAGUGCUCUUCUUUGCUCUUGUGCCAUUGCUGCUUUGAUAGAACAACAAGGAUUAGUAACCAAAUCUAAUGCUGAUAUUAUUGUUGGUAUGAAUGGAUCUACAUAUGAAUUUUAUCCCUUUAUGGAAGAACGUUUACAUAGAGCUUUAAGACAAUGGUUUGGUGUGGAAAUUUCUGAUCGAAUUCGUUUGGAAAUCACUUCUGAUGGUGGAAGUGUUGGUGGUGCUUUGAUUGCUAUGUUAUGUUGUUAGAUAGAUUUUUAGAAUAGAUUGAUCCUUUUUUUUUAUAUAUUUUAUUUAUUGAUUUAUUUAUAUGUUUUGUGAUGUAUUUCC